GGCGGGCGGCGCUCGGGCCGUGCGGAGUCCCGCCCCGCCGCCCCUCGAGCGCCCCCAGUUUCGCUUCUGGCCGGAACCUGCGCCCCGAACCAGGAAGCACCUGGCGGCGGGCGAGGGAUGGCUGGGCCCGGCUGGGGUCUUCCUCGGCUGGACGGUUUCAUCCUUACCGAGCGCCUGGGCAGUGGCACGUACGCCACGGUGUACAAGGCCUACGCCAAGAAGGAUACUCGGGAGGUGGUAGCCAUAAAAUGCGUGGCCAAGAAAAGUCUCAACAAGGCAUCUGUGGAAAACCUCCUGACUGAGAUUGAGAUCCUCAAGGGCAUUCGGCACCCCCAUAUUGUGCAGUUGAAAGACUUCCAGUGGGACAGUGACAAUAUCUACCUCAUCAUGGAGUUCUGCGCAGGGGGCGACCUGUCUCGCUUCAUCCACACCCGCAGGAUCCUGCCUGAGAAGGUGGCUCGUGUAUUCAUGCAGCAGCUGGCUAGUGCCCUGAAGUUCCUGCACGAACGAAACAUCUCUCACCUGGAUCUGAAGCCACAGAACAUUCUGCUGAGCUCUUUGGAGAAGCCCCAUCUGAAACUGGCAGACUUUGGCUUUGCACAGCACAUGUCUCCGUGGGACGAGAAACACGUGCUUCGUGGCUCCCCACUCUACAUGGCUCCCGAGAUGGUGUGCCGGCGGCAGUACGAUGCCCGUGUGGACCUCUGGUCUGUGGGGGUCAUCCUGUAUGAAGCCCUCUUCGGGAAGCCCCCCUUUGCCUCCAGAUCGUUCUCAGAGCUAGAAGAAAAGAUCCGCAGCAAUCGAGUUAUUGAGCUCCCCCUUCGGCCCCAGCUCUCCCUAGACUGCCGGGACCUGCUGCAGCGACUCCUAGAACGGGAUCCCAACCGUCGAAUCUCCUUCCAGGACUUCUUUGCCCACCCCUGGGUGGAUCUGGAGCACAUGCCCAAUGGGGAAAGCCUGGCGAGAGCAACAGCCCUUGUGGUGGAGGCUGUGAAGAAGGACCAGGAGGGGGACGCUGCUGCAGCCCUGUCCCUCUACUGCAAGGCUCUGGACUUCUUUGUACCUGCCCUGCACUACGAAGUGGAUGCCCAGCGGAAGGAGGCAAUUAAGGCCAAGGUAGGGCAGUAUGUGUCCCGGGCGGAGGAGCUCAAAGCCAUCGUCUCCUCCUCCAAUCAGGCCCUGCUAAGGCAGGACACAUCUGUCCAAGGCCUGCUGCGAGAGAUGGCUCGGGACAAGCCCCGCCUCCUUGCUGCCCUGGAAGUGGCCUCAGCUGCCAUGGCCAAGGAGGAAGAAGCUGGCAAGGAGCAGGAUGCCCUGGACCUGUACCAGCACAGCCUCGGGGAGCUGCUACUGCUGUUGGCAGCAGAAGCCCCGGGCCGAAGGCGGGAGCUCCUUCACACUGAGGUUCAGAACCUCAUGGCUCGAGCUGAGUACCUGAAAGAGCAGAUCAAGAUAAGGGACUCUCACUGGGAAGCAGAGACUCUGGACAAAGAGGGACUGUCGGAGUCUGUUCGGAGCUCUUGCACACUGCAGUGACAUCAGAAGGACUAGUGGAUAGAACACAAGUCUAGAGAGAAGCUAUGUACCAACCCAGGUUCGCACCUGUGCACCUGGGACCUUCCUGGAUGAACACCUCAAGAUGUCCACAUCCUAGUUCCCAGUGUUCCUCUGAAUGCUCUCCACCCCUGGAGGCUCUGGUGGCCCAUGUACUGUGCCGGGUGUACUGAACUCUGGGAGAACUACUUUACUAUGACUUUGUUAGUAGGUGACUGCUGGCCUAAACCUGUCGGCUUCAGGACAUCAUCACACUGUGUGUGUUUUGCUCUGCAAAGAGGACACCAUGCCUCUUCAGGGCACCUCUGUUCCUUCCCUGCUACCAGGCAGCUGCUGUACCUGGGCCAACCCUUCCUGGGAGCCUUUAUUCCAACCUACUCCCUUCUUGCACUGGAAUGGGACACUCCAAUACCCCUCAGGGACUACCUACCCUACAGGAUGCACUCAGCCCUGCAGAACUCUCUAGUCUUCCUGGGAGUGCACACCUGCCAUCCUUUUUAGUACUUUAAGACAAUCCUUCAUGCAUGAAUGGCGUGUCCUUUGUAGGGGUGGGGUACAUGUGAGAAUUCCAGGCCUGUCCCUGCCUUGGCAUGGAGGAGAGGUCCUCAUCUCUCCUACUUACAGCCCUCUUUUGGGGGGAAUAUGCCACACUAGCCAUAUAGUGGGCCCUGUGCUGGAGCUGGGGCUUGGUUGGGCCUGGGUCUUCCCUUUUGUCCUCUUAAGCCAUGGGUACCUCCACAGCUUACACUUUGUAUGAGCUGGAGAUGAACUACCAUAUCUGGAAUUACUGGAAGGUUUCUUUUUUAUUUCCCUCCCAAUCAUUAUCUUGUUUCAAAUUUUUGUGUUGAAGGCUGAUUUUGAAUAAGGAGCAGGGGAGCUGUUCUGCAUCAGAUAAUCCCAAACCACAAGCGGUGAGGGUUUCUUUUUCUUGUGUGUGUGUGCGGGGGGUGCAGGCAUUCUUUCUUUCUUUUUUUUUUUUGCAGGGGGGGGGGUGGUUCGAGACAGGGUUUCUCUGUGUAGUUUUGAGCCUGUCCUGGAACUCACUUUGUAGACCAGGCUGGCCUCGAACUCACAGAGAUCCGCCUGACAGGCAUUAUUUCUAAAGUCAGAGAAUGUUGGUGAUUUUUAAUCAUUCUGCCUCCUUAGGACAAAGUGGAGCCUUGUCGGAGGCUGGAUGUAUAUAAAGAAUGCAGUUCAUUGUUCUCUAUUAAAUUAUUUUCCAUACUCA